ACACCUGAGAGAAAUAUUCAUUCUGUGAGUGACGAGCGCUGUAGUAGUAGAUGAACGCACACUGACAAUAGGUAGACAAGUCUAUAUAGGCAGAUUAGGAAUAUUCCAAACCCGCAGAGAAGAGCAAGAUUGGCGCAGGGGGUGGAGCCAUCCAAAAACUGACAUUUGGGCAGAGGGAUCUACAAUGGAACAUUUCUGGAUCUAAUGGAACUUCUGCUCAUUCUACAGCUACAUACCGGCCAGCAUAUCCUAAAUGUAGCCUAACCAGACACAUUUAUUUUGAAGGUUUUAAGGAAGACGUCAUGGAUUUAAGAGGCUGCUCUCCGUAAUAAAAAGAAUCGAAGGAUCUUCAAAACCCUCAACAGACACAGAAAACAGACUUUUAUUGUCAGGGCGAUUACAACUAUUUCAUAGGCACGUGCAACCUCCAAGAUGGCGACCUCCAUACGUCGCCAAGUAAAGAAUAUCGUUCAUAACUACACUGAUGCCGAAGUGAAGGUGCGAGAAGCCACCUCAAAUGACCCCUGGGGUCCUUCUGCCACUCUCAUGUCUGAAAUAGCUCAAAUGACUUACAGCGCAGAAGUCUACCAGGAGGUUAUGAUGAUGGUCUGGAGGAGGCUGAAUGACAACGGAAAGAACUGGCGCCAUGUGUAUAAAGGUCUGACCCUGCUGGACUACUUGAUCAAAAAUGGAUCGAACAAGGUGGUCCAGGAGAGUCAGGAAAAUGUCAUCGCUGUGCAGACUUUGAAAGACUUUCAGUUCUUCGACCGUGAUGGGAGAGACCAGGGGAUUAAUGUGAGGGAGAAGGCCAAGGUGAUCGUAGCUCUGCUGAAGGAUGAGGAAAGGCUUAAGCAGGAGAGGGCCCAGGCUACGACAACAAGGAGAAGAAUGACGCAAGUAACGGCAGCCAUGGACAGCAGACACAGGAUACGCUACAACGAAGCUUCAGAAAGCUCAACACCUGCUACAGAAUUAGAACAAGCCAGGCCCCAGAGCUCAGGAGAGGAGGAACUCCAGCUACAGCUUGCCUUGGCUAUGAGCAGAGAAGAGGCUGAAAAGGUAAAAGAACCUACAGCUCCCGAUCCAGAGGAAGAACUACAGAUCCAAGCAGCCUUAAGAAAAAGUAAAGAGGAAUAUGAAAAGGAGACGAGGUCACAUCAAGGAGAGAUAUCAAUAAUUGAGAAGGCUCUGAUGGAGACCCAUCUGUCACCGGAGCCAGAGAUGGAGAAGAAAAAAGAGACGCACAUAUCGGAUCUGAUUGAUAUUUUUGGCCCACCUCAGUCAUCUCCUUCCAACGCCUGGGAUUCUCAGCAUACUAGUUCCUUUCCAUCAGCAAGCACAAGCACUUUGUAUCCAGCCUGGGGAUCAGCAAAUCAGAAUUCCAGUACCUCUCCCCUGCCCUGGGAUGCCUCUCACAGCACUCAGUUAAGAGCGGAUAACGCAAGUCAGAGCAUCAUCUUCAGCUGCGAUUCGCCGUCAGGCUGGGAGGAGCCUCGGGUAUCCAAAAGCCUUCCAUCUGAUCCUUGGGGGGACAGGCAAAAAGGUUCACAUGAAGCCAUAUAUGAUAUGUUUGCACCACCUGCACCUACCAAGGAUGCCCAAUCACCAUCCUCCAUCAAGACAGAUAACUCUUUUGAACUGGACUUUUUUGGAGACUCUGAGCCCACCACUAAACCAGCCACACAUAGUCCAGAUCUAAAAGCUGAAGACCCUAAACCUCGCUCCAACACUCCUGAGUUGUUCUUGGAACCAGCUGCGCGAACCUUGGUCAACCUAGAGAGCCUGGUCUCUUACAGCUCUACUGUCAAAACCAAAAACCCUUUUGCAUCUGGUGUAAGUGCUCCAUCCGUCGCCAACCCAUUCCAACAUGGAGACCUGAGGCCUUCUCUGAACCAAAUGAGGGUUGCCUCUCCUGUGCCGAACACUACUGCAGCAUUCCAACCCAUGCCCAUGCCUGGUCUUAUGCCAAUUAACACAAUGGAACUUGGGGUCAACACCUUAAGGACCCUGCCACCGAUGCCUGGAUUUCCAGUGCCAACCAACGUCCCGAUGCCGCUACAGCCUUACCCCGCUAUGAUGCCUCUUCACCCCAUGAUGGGUUACCCCUACGCUCCAAUUCCUCAACCAAUACUUCCAGCUUCUUCCCCUCCACAAACCGGAACCAAUCCUUUCCUCUGAUUGGCCAAGGCAGGCCCCGUAUCCGAUUUACAAAUAAGCUUGUCCCUUGCUGUGCUGCACGUAUGACUUUCAGUUCCCAGGCGAAGCUAAAAUGCAAUAAUUCUCUGUAAUUACAUUGUGCAAAAUCAUCAAACAAGGUAUUUCCAACAGAAACAAAUUAUUUUUUUGGCGCUGGA